GGAGGGGGCGGCCGGUCGCCCGGCGGCGACUCCGGGCCCCGGCCGCCACCAUGGGUUUCGAGUUGGACCGCUUCGACGGCGACGUGGACCCGGAUCUGAAGUGCGCGUUGUGCCACAAGGUCCUGGAGGACCCGCUGACCACCCCGUGCGGCCACGUAUUCUGCGCCGGCUGCGUGCUGCCCUGGGUAGUGCAGGAGGGCAGUUGCCCCGCGCGUUGUCGCGGUCGCCUAUCAGCCAAGGAGCUCAACCACGUCCUGCCGCUCAAGCGUCUCAUCCUCAAGUUGGACAUCAAGUGCGCGCACGCGGCGCGGGGCUGCUGCCGAGUGGUCAAGUUGCAGGAUUUGCCCGAGCACCUGGAGCGCUGUGACUUUGCGCCCGCGCGCUGCCGCCACGCGGGCUGCGGCCAGCUGCUGCUGCGACGCGACGUGGAGGCCCACAUGCGCGACGCGUGCGACGCGCGGCCGGUGGGCCGCUGCCAGGAGGGCUGCGGGCUGCCUCUGACGCACGGCGAGCAGCGUGCGGGCGGCCACUGCUGCGCGCGGGCUCUGCGGGCGCACAACGGCGCGCUGCAGGCCCGCCUGGGCGCGCUGCACAAGGCGCUCAAGAAGGAGGCGCUGCGGGCGGGCAAGCGCGAGAAGUCGCUGGUGGCGCAGCUGGCUGCGGCGCAGCUCGAACUGCAGAUGACCGCGCUGCGCUACCAGAAGAAGUUCACCGAGUACAGCGCGCGCCUCGACUCGCUCAGCCGCUGCGUGGCCGCGCCGCCAGGCGGCAAGGGUGAAGAGACCAAAAGCCUGACUCUUAUCCUGCAUCGGGACUCUGGCUCCCUGGGGUUCAAUAUCAUCGGUGGCCGGCCCUGUGUGGACAAUCAAGAUGGAUCCUCCAGUGAAGGAAUCUUUGUAUCCAAAAUAGUUGACAGUGGGCCUGCAGCCAAGGAAGGAGGCCUGCAAAUUCAUGACAGGAUUAUUGAGGUCAAUGGCAAAGACUUAUCCCGAGCAACUCAUGACCAGGCUGUGGAAGCUUUCAAGACAGCCAAGGAGCCCAUCGUGGUACAGGUAUUGAGGAGGACACCUCGAACCAAAAUGUUCACGCCUGCUUCUGAGUCCCAGCUGGUAGACACAGGCACCCAAACCGACAUCACCUUUGAGCACAUCAUGGCCCUGACAAAGAUGUCCUCUCCCAGCCCACCUGUGCUGGAUCCCUACCUGCUGCCCGAAGAGCACCCCUCAUCCCACGAGUACUAUGAUCCGAAUGACUACAUGGGGGACAUCCAUCAGGACAUUGACAGGGAAGAGCUGGAGCUGGAGGAAGUGGGCCUCUACAGGAUGAACAGCCAGGACAAGCUGGGCCUUACUGUGUGCUACCGGACGGAUGACGAAGACGACAUUGGCAUUUAUAUAAGCGAGAUUGACCCUAACAGCAUUGCAGCCAAGGAUGGACGCAUCCGUGAAGGAGACCGCAUCAUCCAGAUUAAUGGCAUAGAGGUACAGAACCGUGAAGAGGCUGUGGCACUUCUAACCAGUGAAGAAAACAAGAACUUUUCAUUGCUGAUUGCAAGGCCUGAACUCCAGCUGGACGAGGGCUGGAUGGAUGAUGACCGGAACGACUUUCUGGAUGACUUACACAUGGACAUGCUUGAGGAACAGCACCACCAGGCCAUGCAGUUCACGGCCAGUGUGCUCCAACAGAAGAAGCAUGAGGAAGAUGGUGGGACCACAGACACAGCUACCAUCUUAUCCAACCAGCACGAGAAAGACAGCGGGGUGGGGCGGACGGAUGAGAGCACCCGCAACGAUGAGAGCUCCGAGCAAGAGAACAACGGUGAAGAUGCCACGGCGUCCUCCAACCCGCUGGCGGGCCAGAGGAAGCUGACCUGUAGCCAGGACACCCUGGGCAGUGGCGACUUGCCUUUCAGCAAUGAGUCCUUCAUCUCUGCAGACUGUACCGAUGUGGACUACCUGGGCAUCCCAGUGGAUGAGUGUGAGCGUUUUCGCGAGUUGCUGGAGCUCAAGUGCCAGGUGCAGAGCACCAGCCCCUACAGCCUGUACUACCCCAGCAGCCCACUGGAUGCUGCUGGCAAGAGCGACCCCGAGAGCGUGGACAAGGAGCUGGAGCUACUCAAUGAGGAGUUGCGCAGCAUCGAGCUGGAGUGCCUGAGCAUCGUGCGUGCACACAAGAUGCAGCAGCUCAAGGAGCAGUACCGCGAGUCCUGGAUGCUGCACCACAGCGGCUUCCGCAACUACAAUACCAGUGUGGAUGUGCGCCGCCACGAACUCUCGGACAUCACCGAGCUGCCGGAGAAGUCAGACAAGGAUAGCUCAAGCGCCUACAACACUGGGGAGAGCUGCCGGAGUACCCCACUCACCCUGGAGAUCUCCCCGGACAACUCCCUGAGGAGAGUGGCCGAGGGCAGUAGUGAAGGGGCCACGGCCAACAUCGAAGCUUACAGGCCGUCCACUAAGAAUCUGCUCGCCAUCACUGAGGAUCCCGAAAUAAGCACCCCAAACUACAGCCCUAGCGCCAAAGAGUUGGAUCCCAGCCAGGGCUUGGAGAGCAAAGAGCGCCGAGUUAACGAUGGUAGCAGGAGCCCCACUGCCAGCCCGAAGCUGGGCAGUGCCUAUCUGCCCUCAUACCACCACUCCCCGUACAAGCACGCUCACAUCCCAGCACACGCUCAACACUACCAGAGCUACAUGCACCUGAUCCAGCAGAAGUCGGCAGUGGAGUAUGCGCAGAGCCAGAUGAGCCUGGUGAGCAUGUGCAAGGACUUGAACUCUUCUAACUCGGCUGAACCCAGGAUGGAGUGGAAAGUGAAGAUCCGCAGUGAUGGGACACGCUACAUCACCAAGAGGCCUGUGCGUGACAGACUGCUGCGGGAGCGUGCGCUGAAGAUCCGAGAGGAGCGCAGUGGCCUGACCACGGAUGAUGACGCCAUGAGCGAGAUGAAGAUGGGGCGCUACUGGAGCAAGGAGGAGCGCAAACAGCAUCUGGUGAAGGCCAAGGAACAGAGGCGGAGGCGCGAGUUCAUGAUGCAGAGCAGGCUGGAUUGCCUGAAGGAGCAGCAGGCAUCUGACGACCGGAAGGAGAUGAACAUCCUGGAACUGAGUCACAAAAAGAUGAUGAAGAAGAGGAACAAAAAGAUCUUUGACAAUUGGAUGACCAUCCAAGAACUCUUAACCCAUGGCACAAAAUCGCCAGACGGCACUAGGGUAUACAAUUCCUUCCUGUCCGUGACUACUGUAUAACUCUCACUUGUGUACAUACGAGAGAGCACUACCGUUGGGGUAGACAUCCCUGCCUCGUUCAAUGCGGCAAGUUUUUGUAUAUAUAAGCCCGGUCAUCUUGUUGAUAGUCUAAAUUUUCCACUCCUACAACUUUGGGUGUCCUGGCUCUGUUUUCAGUGGAGGGAAAAAUACACCCUUACUCUCUUAGAAGGCAAUAUUAACAAGCAGCUUU